AUGUCUGAUUCUGAGAAACUGGAUAUUGCCGAUAUUAGAGAUCAUUACAGAAGCCCUUCCGAUUCCAAGCGGUGUCAUUCUCCAGAACAUCAUCAAUCAUCAAUCUCGACAGUUGAAACCUCACUCUCGAACAAGAUUUCCCUUAACAAGUUACCAAUCAUUAAAGUAAGGAAUCAUCCCAAGAAUGGAUAUCAUGCUUUGGAUGAGCAAAUUGGUGCUUCCAAGAUGGGGACAGGGAUGAAUCAGUAUAGGAACGCUAUGAAGAAAUUAAAAUCUCCACUUGCUACCGUGACCGAUAGUUAUCAAGACGACAUACCGUAUUUCAAAGAAUUAAGAGAUAUUGAAUAUGUACCUAACGAUAAUGUCAAGUUCCAAGAACGAUUGAAUGGUUAUUUGAUCGAUUUGGCAAGGAGAUUUUCUAAAAUGAUUAUUAAACAAAAAAUUGGGAUUGAAGAGGCUAUUGAAGAAGCUACAGUUGAAUGGGCACAAAGUAAUGGACCUGUUCCUGAUGUCCCCCGUUCCAUUGAAUUAGAUUUGUUAAGAGCAAAACAGAGAAGAUUUCAAAGAAGAUUGAAGAAAAAUAAGGAAGCCAAUGAUGAAGAAGAACAAGAAGAACAAGAAGAGCAGGAUGAUGAUACUGGUAAUGAUGGUGAUGAGUACGUCGAUUCUGAAGAUGAGAAAGAUGCAAAGGAAAUAGAGGAGAAGCAGCAAAUUGUUGAUAGCAUCAAAAUGGUUCAAAGAGAUUUUAAACUUGCUAUGAAACAGGUCGAAAUGAAUUAUUAUCCACAGGUAUACGCUAUACCUGGUUCUCCUGAAUUUGAAUAUUUAACUGAUAGCAUUCAUCUCAUUUCUGAAAAUAAAACUAUUUGUAUGUCCCUUGAUGUGGAAGCCUUUGAAUUUAAUCAAGAAAUUAUAACUGAGAUUGGUAUUUCCAUCUAUGAUCCUCGUGAAAAUAUUUUUACUGUGACUCCCAAUAUUAGAACAUACCAUUUAAUUAUUAAUGAAGUCUUAAAUUUGAGAAAUAAGAAAAUGAUUUGCGAUUUUAAGGAUUGCUUUUUAAUGGGGGAAAGUAUUGUAUUAACGCUACAAGAGUGUGUCAAUUUUCUUCAAUCUUUGAUUAAUUUCUAUAUGAUUCCAAAGACAGAGGAAGAUUUCACUUGGUGUAGAGCAUUUGUUGGUCAUCAUGUAUCUGGAGAUUUAGAGUGGCUAGCGAAUGUUGGGGUGAAUAUUCCAAAAGUCAGUUUCAAGGUGCAUUCGAAUAAUAAGAAAGUUGGUGAAGAAAAGGAUGAAAAAGAAUCAGAGUGGAAAGAAAAGGAGCAUAAUUCAAAAUCAAAAUCAAAAUCAAAGUCAAAGUCAAAGUCAAAGUCAAAAUCAAAAUCAAAACGGAAUAAUAAGAAAGUUGCUGAUUCUAAGAAAAAGAAACUGCGAGAGUUUCCGACCAUGUCACCUGUAAUAGUGUUUGCGCUUGAUACCGAGAGGAUCUUUAAACAGACAUAUGGUGAGAUAAGUUGUAAUUUGGGUAAGAUUUUAAAAUUAUUAAAGAUUCCACAUGCUUAUUUACAUAAUGCUGGUAAUGACUCCUUUUACACAUUACAUUUAAUCUUAAAACUAUGUGACUUCAAUUUUAGACGAAUGAAUGGGUUAGAUGAACUUGAUUUAAUGGCUUCUAGGAUUAGAGAUUGGAUAAGACGUGAUAAAGAAGAAUCAAAUAUCUUACCAAUGUCAUAUGCAGCUUCUGUUCUUGACGUUAUCAAGAGUGAUCAAAAGAGAGAAGAGGCCAAGAUUGCCAAAGAACUUGCUCAUGAGCAAGGCUAUGACCUGAAUGAUGAUGAUAAUGAAGAUGACGAUAUAAGGUAUGAAAGUAGAGGUCGUGGUAAAGGAUACAGGAGGAUAAAGAAAAAGGAUUUAGUCAUGCAAACAGAAUUUGGAGGAUCCGAAUGGUAUCCUGAUGCAGAAACCGCAUUUUUGAGCUCAUUAUAA